UGACCCAUGCCGCUGCUGGGGAGCUGAGCAGAAAUUGGAAAUCUAGUCUGGACUGUUUCACCAGGAGGGGUACCAAGUUCACAAUCUGAAGGUUGAAGUUUCCUCUAAUGCAAUGACUCAGCAGCCCCAGGAUGAAUUUGAUGCGAGCCUGGAGAAUGCAGAAGCCUGGAUGAAAGCCAUCCAGGAAAGAUUGCGGAUUAAUGACAACACCAAGGGACCUCGGUCUGACUUGGAAGCCAGGCUGAGAGAGACUGAGAAAAUUUGUGCGUUGGAGCCAGAAGGUCGGCUGAAAAUGGAUUUGGUCCUGAUGAAAGCAGAUGCCCUUCUUCGCUGCAUUACUGAGGAGAAGAAGCAUGAGAUAUUGUCCAAACUGAAAGACAUUAAAGCCAUGUGGGAAGAAACAGCCAUCUAUAUUACUCAUUGCCACAGCCGGAUCGAGUGGGUGUGGCUGCACUGGAGUGAAUACUUGAAAGCCCAGGAUGAGUUUUACGCAUGGAUUCAUAACAUGAGGGUUACCUUGGAGCCUGACAUAGAGCUGCAGCUUGGUUUGAAGGAGAAGCAAUGGCAGCUGAGCCACUCCCAGGUUCUGCUGAAUGAUGUCCUAAACCAGUCAGUUCUGCUGGAAAGGCUGCUGGAGGAAGCAGCCUCCUUGUUUAACAGGAUAGGUGACCCAAGUGUCGAUGAAGAUGUCCAGAAGAAGAUGAAGGUGGAAUAUGAAGAAAUAAAGGUGGAAGCUCAGUGCAGAGUGAAAUUGCUUGAAAAGAUAACGAAGGAACAUGAGCAAUACAAGACCAAUGUCGACCAAUUUUGGUUGUGGCUCAGAGGUGUGAAUGAAAGAUUGAACCACUGCAUCGGAGAAACAACAAAGUUACCAGCAGACAACGGGCUAAGGACAUUGCAGAACAUUGCCAAAGAUGUUAAGAAUGGUGAAAAGAAAUUGAAAUGCCUUGAGGUUCAGUCUGCAGGGGUGAUCCAGAACACCUCUCCCCUGGGAGCUGGGAAGAUGAAGGAUGAGUUGGAGGAGUUGAGGAAAGCCCUGGAGAAGCUGAAACUAAUGUGUAGAGAGGAAGAGGAAAGACUGCUUAAGUUCCUUAAGUCAGAAAGUGCCUAUCAGUCCAAAGCCAGACAGUUAGAGAUAGAGGUCCAGGAAUUCAGAAAGAUGCUACAAAGGCUAGAAAAGGACCUGGAGUUAAGGGAGAAGCCAAAGAAUGAAGAGGAGUUAGUAGCUCUGUGGAGAAAAUACGAUGCAACAAGAGCAGCACUUUUGACCGAAGAAUCAAAGGUUGAGAGGCUGAAGGCUCAGAUUAAGGAGUUGUUCCAGUUUUCACAGAAUACACAACCGCUUUCUGAUGGCGUUGUAGCUGCACUACAGGAAUAUCAAAGGGUCAAGGGAAAGACAUUUAAAAUGAGCACUGAGGCUGAAAGUGAACUCGGGCAGCGUUUUCAAAAUCCACUACGAGCGUUCCAGCUGUGGAAGCCAUCCAUUCAGAGACUUCUGGACUCCACAGCGAAUGCAGCUGAGCCCUCACAGACUCAUGAUUUCCUACUUCAGAUUGAGGCAUGCCUGGCUGAGAGCUCCCAGUUCAAGGAGCAGUUGGUGAUGUUACAGCUGAAGAAGGAUUUGCUAAGCAGUAUCUUCAGUGAGGAAAGAGCAAAGGCUGUUUUGGCAGAGGUAACCAAUGCUGCAAAGGAAAGAGAGAUUCUGCACAAAAGUCUGCUGCAAAGGAAAAGCAGACUGCAGAGUUUGGUAACUCAGCAUAAAGACUUUGAUGCAGCCUUUGUACCUCUGCAAAAGUUGUUAUCCGCUAUCAGAACCAAAGUAGAUCUAGAGAAUGAACCACUACCUGAUCUUUUAGGUAAAGAAACACGACUCCAGAGACUACAGAUGAUCCAAGAAGAGUUGGCAGAGUUUAUAGUUCAAAUGGAAGAGCUGGAGAAUCUAGUUCAAUCGAAUCCCACCCACAGACAUAAAAUGAACCAGCUUUCAUCUGACUGUCAGACACUGAAGAGAUCUCUAGAGAUCAUGCUGGUUCAGACUGAGAAGCAUGUUCAAGAACAUUGGACGUUCAAUAACAAACUGUCAGACCUUCAGCAGUGGAUCACAAUGACUGAACAGAAGUUGGAAUCCUAUCAGGAUGCCAGUGGGGAAAGGAAAACAGAGAGCAGAGUCGCAGACUUGAAGGGGCUGCUAGCUGAAUUCCCGGAUAAGGAGAUCCAAGCACAUCUUGUUGAGGCUCAUGGUCAGCUGGUGAUUAAGAGUUCUUCCCCAGAGGGAGCAGCACAUCUCCAUGCUCAAUUGAACCAGCUGACAAAGUCUUUGAAGUCACUCAAAAAAAUGACAAUAAGCCUCCUCGGUAACAUGCAGCCAAAUGCAACAGUGGUUGAUACAGGGAAGAAUAUAAACAUUGUGGGAAAUACAUUGAUGCCUGAAUUCGCCUUCCACUCUUUAGAGGAGAAUGUAAGCAAAGAAGAAGAGAGCAGUCACCUCCUUAAACUCAUAAAGGACUUUGAACAGUGGUUACGGGUAGAAAAUGCUACAUUGAGCAAGAUUCUUUUAACAAAACCCUCCAACAGUGAAGAAGUUAAAGCAAAACAAAGCAAGUUGAAGAAACUGCAGUCUCGUGUUCCUGAGGGGCAGCGUCUUUUUGAAGAUCUCCGUACUCUUCAGAGAGUUGUUGGGACCUCUGAAGAUGUGGAGGACCUGCGUUAUCGAUGGAUGCUUUACAAAUCUAAACUCAAAGACUCCACCAGCUCAUUGACUUCUAGAUCUUUGGAAGAACCCAAUGGAUUCAGAAAGAGACGUCCAGGGGGGAUGUGUUCUUUCCUGUACCGUGUGUGCUGGGCAGCACUGCCACUACAGAUUCUCUUGCUGUUUUUGCUGCUCCUGGCGUUUCUGCUCCCUCUCGUGGAAGAGACCCAGAGCUGCAAGCUUGCCAACAACUUCGCCCGCUCUUUCAACUUGAUGCUGAGAUAUGAAGGCCCUCCUCCAACUUAACUCCAUGACAGGCACGUGGCAAGAGGUGACUGGCUUGGACAUCGAUGCUGCUUUUUCCUUUUGGUGUCUUGACUAUUGCUUGGCCUAUAAAUCUAAGGCUUUUAACAUGACCACCAGAUUGACUGGAAACAUGGUCAAAACAUGCAGCGUAAGGUUAGUCCGUAUAAAUCAGGUAUUAACAUUUAAAGCUAAAUGAAUAUUUUUACACGAUUGUAUGAAUAUAUUUAUACUAUGAGUGUGUGUAUAUAUCUAUUUUAUAUAUAUAUAUAUAUUGUGUGUGUAUAUAACUAUAAUGGAAAAAAAUCUAAACUCCACUGUUUUGGUCUAAUCCUGUAAUGUUUUUGCUUCCACCUUUGCUUCAGCAAUGCAUAGCAGAUAUUUUAAAAAACUGAGUUCUUGUUGUUUAUAACUGAAAUCGAAGUGAGCAUGAGAAAAGAAGGGAUGUUCCAUGGAAUUGUGUGCCAGAAAAAUUGUCACUGAGACCUGAGAUGAAAUGGAAUCAUGUUUAAAUACACUGUUUGCCAUUUAGCCUUAGCAAAAGGAAAAGUUUCUGUUCAGGAUCAGUAGCUAGGUUUUCUGUUGCAAUUGCUUUUCUGUUGUCACCACUGAUGCAAAUGCCAAACCUCCCAUUGAUGUCUGGGUGUGUGAAACCAAGCCUACAGUAUAUUCAAAUGCCGUCUGUGAUAGUCUCCCAAUUUUUACUGAUGUUUUGUCCUUGAUCAUUCAAGUCGGAGAGGUAGAAUUGAGCAAAGCAAACUGAAAAUAAUAAGGCAUUUUUCUAAACCUCACUCUAGUGAAAUCAUUUUGGAACCAAAUUAUCAUUUUUAUUUUAUUUUGUGCAGCUAUAUAAAGCUCUGUAUAGCAAUGAAUUAUGCAGAAGGAGAAAAUAUGAUCUUGUUCCUUCUUUUAAACUACAGAGAUCAUCCACAUGAAUGCUUUUUUAACAGAAAUUGCUCUGAGAUACACCACGUGCUCUGAGCAGUGAGAUACAGCUUAUCUCAGCAUCAGCAUACAAAAUGGUCAUAGCACAGAAGUGCAUUAACAAAUGCAGUCUAUAAAAAUGAUUCCUUACUGAGAGGUGUUAUUAUGCCAGUGGUUUGCUAACAAAAUAUGAUGUUGUAUAAUUGCAUCAAGCAUAAUUAUACUACAGGUUUUUUAAAAAUCUGAGGUCUGAGACACUGAGGAUUGUCAUAAUUUAACCUGGUCUUGUGCUUGUUUUCAUCAGCUCUUCUUUUUUUAACAAAAAUGUAUGCAUUCAGUAGUCUUUAUAAUGUAAAUGUGGUUCACAGCAUUAUUAUGAGGAAACCAUUUCUUGGUGGUGUUUUACUUAAUUGGAGCCUGCAUCUUGUGCAAAGAGGGGAGAGAGGUUUGUUUCAAAUACUUGGUGGCACUUCUUUGGUUCACCUCCUUUAUUUCUGAUAAUUUUUAUCCUGAGUCAUACUGGUCAAACUUCCAGUCAAAAAUAUUAACUACUUUUUUCUAUCCUGGCUAUUUUUUGAGUGAAAUUUGAAUUCCAGGUGGCAGCAACUGACUUUUUUGUCUCUCUCCAAACACAUAUCAAAAUAAUAUCAGUUAUAUAUUGGAUAUGCAUUACUGUAUAGCUGUAGGGGGAAUCACCUUUUUGUACUAUAAAACAUAGGGGAGGUUAAUUGCAUUCUGCCACAUUCUACAGAGCAUGCAAAGCUUCUAUUCCUAUUGUAAUACUCGGGACGUCGAGUAUGACCCAUAAUUACAUGUGUUAUAUAAUUUGAUGUUCAUUGUGCACUAACUACAGAGCAAUUUCAUUAAGUAUAAUGAUGAUUACAUAGAACAUUAGAAUGGCCAUAAUGGGCCAGACUAAAGGUCCAUUUAAUCCAAUAUCCUGUCUUCCAACAGUGCCAAUGCCAAAUGCCCCAGAGGGAAUGACAGAACAGGUAAUCAUCAAGUGAUCCAUCCCUUGGUGCCCAUUCCCAACUUCUGGCAAAUAGAGGCUAGAGAUACAAUCCUCUUAUAGUCUUGGCAUCCACAGCAUCCUCUGGCAAAGGGUUCCAUUGGUUGCCUGUGUGCUGUCUGUUAUUCCUGCCUACUGAGUCCAUAAUUAUGAAGAACAGAAAAACCAAAUUCAGAUUUGAGAGUCCCCAAAAAUCUUUAAAACAUUUUUUGAUAGAAUGGGUAGCAUAUGAAGGAGAAGACAGUAACGAGCACUGAAUGGAAAAGAAGCCAUGAGUGGGGGAAGAGAGAGGUAAGGAAGUGGAUUCAGAUAGAGAAGAGAGGGUCUGAAAAAAUCUAUGAAAGGUAAAAUGCAAGAAUAUAGAAAAGAACAAUCUCUAUUAGGGUGCAUCUAGUUUAGUAGUUAUCAACCUUUUUUUCAUUUGCAGGCCCCUAAUAAAACUUGGAAUGGAGGUGCAGACCCCUUUGGAAAUCUUAGACAUCAUCUAUGGACCCCCCAGUAAUCCACCGACCACAGGUUGAAAACCACUGAUUUAGAAAUCUUCAUGCCUGUGCUGGAUUAUUCCCCACUGUACAUUGCCCUGUCCAGUUUCAAAUGUCCAGGUGAAGGGCCACCACCAUUUCUCUGAGGAGACUAUUCCCCCAUAGAAGCUCUCACUGUUAGAAAGGCUUUGUCUACGCAAAACAUUUUUCUUCGUGCUUCUUGUAUCUGCAGUGAGACCGGGGUUGGCAAGGAUGGUGGGAGCUCUAAUAGAGAACACUGGUGUUCUAACAAACAUGUUGUCUAACCUCACUCACAUUGCUGUCUGCUGCUCAUGGCAGGUCUGCACUGGAGCUAGGUCAUUGCUAAAGCUAGUCAAAAUGUUUCAAAUGGAGGAGAUGCUUUCUGAUGAAAAAUGUCUCUGAAAUUUUGAAAUUCAGCUCCAGAAAAAUGAAACAGUUAUUUCUGUACAUUUUCCAGGCAACUAGUAUAACUAUGGGAAAUUAGAAAGAGCCCUGGGGGAGGGAGAGAGGAAGGAAAGCAGCAGAAGGAAGAGCAGAGGAGGCUCUGAAGUGAUGCAGAUUAAAAACUGGCAGUUAAGAGCUAGGAGAAGAGACAGGUGACUUAAAGCAGAAAGGUGACAAAAAGAGGAAAUUGUGAGAGACAAAUAAGGGGUUUAAAUAUAAACAGGAAGAAAAGGAAGGCAUCAAGCUGUGUCCUCCUUUGCAAAGGAGACAGAUGGAAAAGAACUAUAAUUUACAAGUGAUGCAGCAAAUGAAUUCCUUCUUUGCAACCGUUAUUUCCAGCAGAGAAGAGAGACACAUCCUCCUAACUGAUUACAAGAGUCAUGCAAAUUCUGCUCUGUGCAGCAAGGAUUUAAUCAUCUAAGCUCUGAGCCAUGUGCUUCUUGGGGCAGGAGAGAGAUGUGUUAAUUUCUGUAGCAUAGCUAUAUUCCACUUCUUUGAGGGGUGUUAUGGCCAGGAAAUGAAGUAAAAGUAUGAAAGGCAGGAGAGAAAAAGAACUAUAGCAAGUGGGAAAAAUUAGUUAAGGUGAAGAUCAAGAAGGAAAUGGUUAGGAUUUUUUUGUGUGUGAAAAUUACAGAAUCUCCCAAGAGCUUUUGAGCAUUGGCCUUUUCUGGUCUGGAUUGUUUUUGUAAAAUCCAUUGGUGAACUCAAGCAUUGGCAAUACAAAUGUAGAGGACAUUAAAUAAAUUAUUUCCAUACAGAGGGUCUUAUGUAAAUAACUUCCAUGUCAUUUUAAAGUUUCAGUGUUGUGGCAGGUUUAAAAAAAUCUAAAUUAGAACCACACUUUUGCUGCUGGGGUUUUGUGUUGAAUUUAUUCUUUAAUAUUUCUGCUGUAAAUCUUGGAGUUUUUCGCUAGGAAUCACAGGCAAAUUCGUUUUUGUAAGUAAAGAAAGCAAUACAGUUAUCUCAUAGUGGAGAUAAAGUUUUCUCUGCUUUUAAUGGAAAUCAGCUCAAGCAUUAGGCCCUGACCUUGCUUUCCCGCCAGUUUGAUGCUGGUGUAACUUUAUUGAUCUUAGAGGAGUUACUUCCAGUUUAUGUUGGUGUGAGAAAGAUGUAAAUGAGGUCCUUUGUGGAGUUGGUGUCAGUUAGGGGCAGUGACUCUGUAAGCUCAGUCUCGUCUGAGGAAGUGGGUGUUGCCCAUAAAAGCUCAUGAUACUAUAUACAGGCAGUCCCCGGGUUAUGUGCAAGAUAG